AUGUCCAGUUACAACUGCACCUCUGAACUGAAGGGUGGCUGGAAUUGUGCAGGGGCGAAAUGUGGUAAUGUGACCUCUAGCAUGAAUGGCAGCCACAUCGGGCUGGAUGAUGCAUGUUUGACUGAAGAAGAAUAUCUGGAGAAAUAUCUGGGACCUCGUCGCUCAUCAGUGUUCCUCCCUGUCUGCCUCACCUACCUGCUCAUCUUCAUGGUGGGCGCAGUUGGUAAUGUGCUGACAUGCACUGUCAUUGCACGCAACAAAGUGAUGUGGACACCAACCAACUACUAUUUGUUCAGCCUGGCUGUGUCAGACCUGCUGGUGCUGCUGCUUGGCAUGCCACUAGAGCUCUAUGAGAUGUGGCAGAACUACCCUUUCCUACUGGGAAAAGGUGGCUGCUACUUUAAAACUUUUCUAUUUGAGACAGUCUGCUUGGCUUCCAUCCUCAAUGUAACAGCACUGAGUGUGGAGCGCUACAUUGCUGUGGUACACCCACUGCGUGCCAAGUAUGUGGUGACACGCACUCAUGCCAAGCGGAUCAUCCUUACAGUGUGGGGCUUAUCAGUGUUGUGUGCAAUGCCCAACACAAGUCUGCAUGGGAUCUCUAUCUUGCCCAGUCGCUUCUCUGGUCCUGGUGGAAAUGGCAACCCAGAUGUUGGGAUCCCUGACUCAGCCAUCUGUAUGUUAGUGAAACCACGUUGGAUAUACAACCUAACCAUUCAGGUGACCACAUUGCUAUUUUUUGUUCUGCCCAUGCUCACCAUCAGUGUUCUCUACAUGCUCAUUGGCCUGCAGCUGAAGCAGGAGAUGAUGAUUCAGGCGCUGGAGGAAAAGUCAGGCUUGGGACAACACAGCUUCUGUAACAUCCGUACAAAGCAGCAGAAGGUCCGUCGUCAGCAGGUCACCAAAAUGUUGUUUGUUUUGGUAGUGGUCUUCGGUAUCUGCUGGGCCCCAUUUCACACUGACCGCCUCAUGUGGAGCUUCAUCUCUGACUGGACUGAUGACUACCUGCAAAUCUUCCAGUAUGUCCACAUCAUCUCUGGGGUGUUUUUCUACCUCAGCUCGGCUGUCAACCCCAUCCUGUACAACCUUAUGUCCACCCGUUUUAGAGAAAUGUUCAAAGAUGUCAUGUGUCAUCGGCCACGGCGCCCAGUACCCAGGAAGCACUCACUCAGUGUUACCAGGGUGACUCUCCGCAGCACCCUGAGCGAUGGCCCACCCAGCAACGGAAAUGCUGUUCUUGAAGGCGAGGUGGAAUAUGGCCUCUGUAGAGAAAAGGAGGAUGAAACCAAUUUUGCAUGUUGA